AUGGGAGGCGGAUUAAUCGCCGUCGAUCAGCGAGCAUCGGACGGCGGACCGGUGCUGGAGCUAGGGGAGGAGGGCGAAGCGGGGGAGGUUCUUCUGCACUCCCAGCCUGACGUGGGAUUGGUGCUUGGCGAAUCUGACGUGGACGAAUCAGGGAACCUGUACAUUACAUCCAAGCGUGUCAUAUGGCACUCCACACACACCCCGCAUGGCAUCGCAGUCAGCCUGGUAGAUCUGAGCAUGCACGCCAUUUCCAGGGACCUCGAAGCAUAUCCCAAGCCCUGCAUCUACACGCAGGUUGACACUGGUGACUGGGAGGACGAGGAGGAGGAGGAUGAAGAGGAGGAAGAGGGAGAAGGAGAAGAGGAAGAAGGAGAGGGGGAGGGAGCAAGAGGAGCAGGGGCAGCAGCACAACCGAACCAUGUAGCAGGAUCAGAGGGAGGGGCAGGGGGGAGAGGAGAGGGCGGGGAUGAGGAGAUGAGGGAGGCGGAAGGAGAGGCGAGAGGAAGUGAUGUGCCUGCUGCUGCUGCUGCUGCUGCUGCUGCUGGUGCUGGUGCUGCGGUGGGCAACGGGAGUGUGGCAAACGUCUCUGUGCGACAGUGCGGCACUGAAUUCCUCGCCUUCCUUCUUGAUCUGAUUCUCAUUGUUGCCUCACUCUUCUCCUCCUCCCCCUUCCCACUGCUCCCCCCCCCUUCCUCCCCUUACCCUACAGUGGAUGCCAUUUUCAAGGCUCUCUGCGACAGUGCUGCACUGAAUCCCGACCCAGAAGGAGCGGAGCAAGAGGGGGAGGGCGACUGGUACUAUAACGAGGAUGAAGUGUUGAGCAACGCACGAGUGGUGUUACCUGAGGGAGAUCCGGACCAGUUUGAAGAUGCAGAUGAGGACGAGGAAGAGGAGGACGAGGGAGCAGGUGCUGCUGCUGGGUCAUAG